AUGCAAUUCAAAUCAAUCAUAUUAUCCAUCGCUUUAUCGGUAGCUUGCGUAUCAGCACAAGAUGAUGGUGCUGGAUUCUUUUUUAAAUGCGACGCUCCAGGAACCGUCGCUUUAACGUUCGAUGACGGUCCAUCAGAUUUCACACCAGAAUUAUUAACAACCUUAAAGACUGCAGAAAUCCCAGCGACAUUUUUCGUUUUGGGUAAGAGCAUCAAUGCAGGACAAGGAAAAGCCGCACUCAAAGCCGCUUUCGACGCGGGACAUCAAAUCGCUUUGCAUUCAAACACACACGCCGAUAUGAACACUUUAACCGCAAAAGCCAUUCAAAGUGAAUAUGAGCUCAAUAUUAAAGCUGUUGAAGAUACUAUCGGUGUAAGACCGAAGAUGGCAAGACCACCUUACGGUAAUUGCAACGCAAAUUGUGCCAAGGUUUUGACUGGCACGAUGGGUUUAUCCAUCAUUCAAUGGAAUUGUGACUCUAACGACUGGCAGUACGAAGGAAAAGUGAAUGAAUAUGGAAAAGUUUACACCAACAUGGAGGCCAUUAUAAAUCCAUCCAAUCCAAAGACGGAUUCUUUCAUUACGCUGCAACACGACAUAAAAGAUUACAGUGUGCAAAUGACCCCAAAGAUCAUUGAUAUGAUCAAGGCCAAAGGUUAUCAGUUUGUUACAGUUGAACAAUGUUUAAGUGGUAAAAUCCCAGCUUAUGAUGGGAAAGCAGCAGCAACAAAAGCUCCAGCUCAAACCACAGCAAAGGCCCCACUUAAAGCUCCACAACCAGAAGCUCAACCAGAAACUCCAUCAGAAACUCCAAAAAUUGUUGAAGGACCUGCACCAGAAAACGAAGUCCCUGUCGCAAAUGCUGAAGAGAAAUCAGACAAGGUCGUCGCCAACUCUGCCGAAAAGCUUUCAAGUAUAUUUGGUUUUACCUUGAUCGGUUUAAUAUCUGGUUUGUUAAUGUACUAG